AUGUGCCUGCGCCCACUUGGGGCCACACCGUUGGCACUGCACUAUCGUCUUCCUAAAACGCAACCAGGCUACAAUACACUAGUGUACCUAUCGUGCCGAAGUAUCCAGUUGCGCAUGUGGGUACAGGCCCAAGUUAACCCUGCCCAUAGUGCCCAUAGUACCUAUAUUACUGUAACGGCUGCGGCGACGGUGGCACCAACGCGGGCAUUGUGGGCGUCUGUUGGCGAUGGUGGAUUUGCGGCAAAAAGGGCGUUUUUCGCAUGGGUUACGGACGUAGGCAGUAGUGGCCGUGGCGGUGGCAGUGGCGGUGGUGGCAGUGCCUUCCAAAAUAGGCUUAACCCACUGGCCGCCGACCAAAUCGCUCUGGCAUUCUACCUGUACCCGCGCAUGUCGCCUUCAUCAUUGUACGUGGGAGCAACGCCAACCAGUAAUCGGACACUCAGGACAUUGAGACGGGCGCCACUAAGCUCCGUCAAGGCAAGCUCUCGUGGAGAAAGCCGGGAAGGCCUCGGGACGCUGGCCCCCGCCUCCUUCUCCAAGACGAACAACCUUGUCGCGGUCCCCGGUGGUCUCGCAAGAACGAGUACUGGGCGAGCUAGAGUGUCGGGUAAGGCGUGAUGACGUUGGCUCGUAGCAUAGCGAGUUCAAGGGCGGGGCCAAAGAGAGGGAAAGACAGCGUGGAAGAGAAAAAGGGAGAGAAAAGGCGAAAACACAAACCAAACCAACCUUGUGUCUUGACGGACGAGAGCCGCUAAUUC